ACGAUUCCGAACUUGACAAAAAUCACACUGUUCCUAUUCGAUCGGCUAAGGGACCCCACAAGUCGACAUCGACCAAACUUUGGCAAGUUAUUGACUCGACAUGUGCUGUGGUCUCUUUCUGCUGUGUUCAGCGUCUUCAUAUUUUGAUACCUGAUGAUCUUUGGGGCUGUUGUUUUCAGUUCGGGAUAUAUACUUAGCUCGCCCUAGUAGAGAAAUAUAAGCAAGGUAACUAGUCUGUGCAGAUUUCCAAAUGGCUACAUACCUGAACCCUGCUGUCUUUCUUCGCUUGCCACUCCUAACCUCCAAUGGAAUUACCCUGGAGGAGUUGUUGACGGUCUUGUCAGACUACUCGUUGCGUAUUUUGACUACCGACCCUCUUCUCUUGGUAUCUGUCAUUGUCAACGGCACCAUUGCGUAUCAUGUUCUCAGCUUUCUGUUCAGUAAGCGGCAGAUCCCUGCCUUUGGUUUCCCUCACUGGCUCCCUGCUGGUCGGAUUUAUGGAGGCGCUCGCUUUUUCGUUGACUCUUUUACUAUGCUCUCAGAAGGUUACAAUGCGAGCAAGUCUACAGUUUUCAAAAUUCCCCGAUGGCGGUCGUGGGUAUAUGUACUAUCGGGGGAAGAACUUGUUGAAGAGUUCCAUCGCUUCUCUGACAAGUCUCUAUCAUUACUGGAAUCCGCCAAAGACGAACUUCAAAUUCCCUACACGAUGGGUUUGCCCGUGCAUGAUGAUCCGUAUCAUUUGCCUAUUCUACGUCACAAGCUCACCCGAAACCUAAAUUAUCUUGUUUCUGAAAUUUUGGAUGAAGCUGUUCCCGCCUUUGAUGCCGUCAUCGGUCAAAAUUGUCCACCUGGGAAGAUCUUACGUUGCAAAGGGCUUCACUCUGUGACAACUAUAGUCGCUCAAACAUUCAACCGGAUUCUUGUUGGGCCGGAUUUGUGUCGCAAUGUAGACUACAACAAAAUCAGCAUUCAAUUCGCAGUGAAUACUAUGGUAACAAGCACGAUCAUCAAUCUCUUCCCCAGCUUCCUACAUCCUGUCAUAGGAAGACUUACCUCGAGAUUUUCCUCCAAUGUGCAGAAAGCCGUCUCUCAGAUCGGACCCUUGGUGGCAGAACGUCGUGCGCUCAUGAGUAACGGGGUCUUGAUCAAAGAGGACAUGGACACCGACUUUUUGUGGUGGUUUUUGGCGGCUGCUCAAGGUGAACAAGCUAGCACAGAAGCAUUGGUCGCCAGGAUACUUGUGAUAAAUGCUGCGACAAUACAUACGUCUUCCAUGACCCUUACGCAGGCACUCAUCAGUCUAGCAUUACAUCCCGAAUGGGCCGUGAGAUUACGGGAAGAAGCGACCUCUGCCUUUUCUCGCCAUGGGUGGUCUAGGGAUAUGUUGAAGGAGCUGUCAGCCAUGGACUGUUUCUUGAAGGAGUCCAUGAGAAUUAAUGGUCUCGGUUCCAUGGGAUUUCCUCGCAAAGCCAUGGAAACGCUACGAUUCUCAGAUGGAACUAUUAUUCCAGCCGGUUGUCUUGUCUCGCCGGCAUUUGGCGCUCAUUUCGAUUCGGCCUACUAUCAAGAUCCUUUAACGUUCGACCCGAUGAGAUUCAUGGAAGGAACCUCUGCACGUAAGGCCUAUGCAGGAGGGAUGGUUCACACGAGUAGUCACUACCUUCCUUUUGGUCACGGCAAACAUACUUGGUUGCCCGGCCGUUUUGUUGCGUCCCACCUGCUGAAGACAUUUAUGGCCCACAUCCUGAUGAACUAUGAAAUUAGCUUAGUAGACGGCCAGCGUCCCAAAGAUCUUUGGUUCGGGAUGCACUGCGUUCCCAACACAUCAUUCAGCUUCACGUUUAGACGUCUCUGUGCCGCUCCAGGAGACGAACUUUGACUUUGUAAACUUUGGUAGCCCAUUCGUCACUGAGGGUAUUUUAUGAAUCGAUAUGUAUUGAUCUAUGGAAUUAAAUAAUCCCCUCUCGAUGGCUUGUAUAUAGAAAUAUAGCUUUGUAUCUACUUCCAAAGUCCUAGCGCGGCACGGAUUGGCGAGACAGGUAAGAUCUCACAGCUACCAAGGCCGGCUCUCACGGCCCAGUCA